AUGCUCACGGUGUCCCUUCUGGACGCGCAACUCUCCCGCUGCCGCUCCGCGCGCCACCUCCUUCAAAUCCACGCGCAGUUCCUCGCGUCGGGCCUCCUCGCUGACGCCUACGCCGCCAGCCGCCUCCUCCUCUUCACCACCUCCGCGACCGCCGCGCGCCUCCUGCCGCAACCGCUCCACCACUCCCUCCAACUCUUCCGGCUCGUGCGCAGCCCCAAUGCCUUCACCUGCAACACUCUCCUCAGGGCGGCUCUGCGCCAGGGCUUUCCCCACCUCUGCUUCCCGCUCUACGCCUCCAUGCCCUUGGCGCCCGACACCUACACGCACCCGCUCCUCUCCGCCGCCUGCGCCGCCAGAGGGGACGCGAGGGAAGGCCGGCAGGUCCACUCCCACGCCGUCAAGCACGGGUUCGGCGACAACCUGUACCUCAGGAACGCGCUGAUGCACAUGUACUCUGCGUGCGGCUGCAUCGCGGGCGCGCGCAGGGUGUUCGACGCGGGACCCGUGUGGGACGCCGUUUCCUGGAACACGAUCCUCGCCACGUACGUGCGGGACGGGGAUGUCGAGCAGGCUGUCAGGGUGUUUGCGAGGAUGCCAGAGAGGAGCGCUGCGGCAGUGAGCUCGAUGGUGGCAUUGUUCGCGAGGAGAGGGAUGGUAGAGGAGGCGAGGGGGGUGUUUGACGGAGCGGAGUAUAGGGAUGCGUUCACAUGGACAGCUAUGAUCUCUUGCUUCGAGCGGAAUGAUCUGUUUGUGGAAGCGUUGGCUGUGUUUUCAGAUAUGCGUGAAGAGGGGUGGCCUGUGGACGAGGCAGUGAUGGUCAGUGUGGUCGCUGCUUGCGCUAAGUCAGAGGUGAUUCAGAACGGAGAGGUGUGCCAUGGGCUGGUUGUCAGAGCUGGCCUUGGUAGGCAGGUGAAUGUCCAGAAUGCGCUGAUCCACAUGUACUCAAGUUGUCUGGAUGUUGUUGCAGCACGGAGAUUGUUUGAUAGUGGUGAGAGUUUGGACCACUUCUCCUGGAACUCGAUGAUUUCUGGCUAUCUGAAGAAUGGCCGCAUCGAAGAUGCAAAAGCAUUAUUCGGUGUGAUGCCUGACAAGGACAACGUUUCCUGGAGUGCAAUGAUAGCUGGUUGUGUGCAAAAUAACCAGUCAUCUGAGGCGCUCACUGUUUUUGACAACAUGAGAGCCCAUGAAAUAAAACCGGAUGAAGUUACGUUUGUUAGUGUCAUCUCUGCAUGUACUAAUUUGUCUGCUUUGGAGCAAGGGAAGUUAGUGCAUGACUACAUUAGGCAAUACCAAUAUAACAUCACUAUCGUACUUGGGACUAGCCUCAUUGACAUGUACAUGAAAUGUGGAUGCAUGGAGGCUGCACUAGAAGUCUUCGACAUGGUGGAAGAAAAAGGAACACCUUGCUGGAAUGCUGUCAUUGUGGGACUGGCCAUGAAUGGCCUUGUUACAAGAUCCCUUGACAUGUUCUCUGAGAUGGAAACCUCUGGCAUUGCUGUCCCCAAUGAGAUAACUUUCACUGGAGUUCUGAGUGCUUGCAGACAUGGUGGCUUAGUUGAGGAGGGUCGUCAAUUCUUCAAAUUGAUGCGGAACAAGUACCAGAUUAUACCAAACAUCAGACACUAUGGAUGUAUGGUUGAUCUUCUUGGACGUGCUGGGUAUGUCAGAGAGGCUGAGGACCUGAUUCAGAGCAUGCCCAUGUCACCUGAUGUUCCAGCAUGGGGUGCAUUGCUUGGUGCCUGUUGGAAGCACGGUGAUAGUGAGGUCGGGGAAAGGGUUGGCAAGAAGCUUGUCAAGCUGGAUCCUCAUCAUGAUGGGUUCCAAACUAUGUUAUCUAACAUAUAUGCUUCAGAGGGGAUGUGGCAGUGUGUAAAGGACCUAAGGGGUUCCAUGAAGCAACAUGUAGCAAAAGUUGCAGGCUGUAGUGUGGUUGAAUCAUCACAUUCUUCAUGA